AUGAGUAAUCAAGCCCUAUUCGAGAAGCUGUCACAAACGUCGGAAUUACUGAGUGUAAAACUAGCACAACUUAUUAGACUCUCAUCUCUAGAGAAUGUUGACGAGAACGAUGACGAUUCAAACAGCCCCAAUGAGGGUUCUGAAUUAGGAAAUACUUUGACGGCGGAGACUGACAUAUCGGUUGCAACUUCCGGUGUUAUGUUGGUAAAUAGUCAAACAAUGCAACUGGUCAAGGGCGUACAAGAUUUGUUGUUGCUGACAAGAAAUAUCAGAGAAAAAUGGAUACUUAAUCAAAUCCCUGAAAAAUCUGAGACCGAAGUCCCAGUUAUUAAUUAUAAUGAAUUGGAUAGUUUACUUGAGAAAUGCAUGGGAGAGAUAAUUGGGGAAACAGAUUUAUAG